AUGUGCAAGAGGACAUCGAGAACGGGCAAACAAGGAAAGACACAAGGAAUGCGAUUGCCUAUUUUGAGAAGACUCUUUUCUCGGUCGUAUGCACAUGCAGAAGCGCCGCCAAAAGAACGGGAUUCUUGGGCACAAGAAGUGAGGGACAUGCUCACUCGACUUUUGACAAUCUGGCCUGAUGAUGUCGAGGCGUUGAUCGAUUUGGCACAACUCACCGCGCACAUUGAUGCGCAGAAAUCUCUUGAGUUGAGGUGCCAGUCGAGA